AUGAUGCCCCAGAAGAAGAGGAAGCGGAAGAAGGACAUCGACUUCCUAGCCCUGUAUGAGGCAGAGCUGCUCAACUACGCCUCGGAGGACGACGAGGAGGAGCUGCAGCACGAGUACUACAAGGCCAAAGUGUAUGAGGUGGUCACAGCCACAGGUGAUGUUCGUGGUGCAGGGACAGAUGCCAAUGUCUUCGUCACACUUUUUGGAGAGAAUGGGCUUUCUCCCAAGCUCCAUCUCACCAGCAAGAGCGAGUCUGCCUUCGAGAAAGCCAAUGUCGACGUGUUCCGGGUGAGAACCAACAAUGUGGGCCUCAUUUACAAAAUCAGGAUUGAGCAUGAUAACACAGGCUUGAAUGCCAGCUGGUACCUGGACCGUGUGAUUGUGACCGACAUGAAGCGGCCUCAUCUUCGUUACUACUUCAAUUGCAACAAUUGGCUGAGCAAAGUAGAAGGUGACCGCCAGUGGUGCCGCGACCUGAUGGCCAGCUUCAAUGUCAUGGACAUGCCGAGAGGCUUGGUCUGAGUCUGAGAUGCACAGAUUCAAGCUUCUAGACUCUCAGAAAGGCCUUGAGAGCCACUCAGGGCCAGGAUCCUC